CUGUCGUCGUCAUCAUCAUCGUCAUCACCAAGUACCUCUCUUAUCUUCAUCACACAAUCACAGCAGUACCUUCCAAGGCAGUACGAUACCUCCUACACGAUGUCUCAACCAGGAGUUUGCCCCGUCGUUGGUACCACCAACUCUGUACUGCCCCCUUCCCAUCCCGACGUCGACCUCUCAAAGCCUGGCCAAACCUGCCCUGUCGUCGGCGCAAAGACGGAGCAUCAUGGCAAUCUCCACAAACACCCUUCCGUUCCCGUUCCCGCCGAUGCGAAGAACGAUGCGACCUCAUCUGCCGACGCACAGAAGUGCCCCGCCCUGAAGACCAUCGUCGAUGAACCCAAGUCAAAGGAGAUGGACGACCAGGUAUGCCCCGUGGUGGGGCCAGUCACGACGAUUCUUCCUCCUCACCAUCCUUCCACCGAGGGCCAGCCCGACGACGCUGUCUGCCCCGUCACAAAGGCUCAUAUGGGGCAUCAUAAGGGCAAGGUGGCUGAGCAUCCGGAUGUCCACAAUGCUGGUGCCGGUGCGGUGUGCCCUGUUGUCGGCGCCAGAUCCUCCUGAAAAAAACAACUGAACAGCCGGACGAAGUGUACAGAAGGGCGGAGGUUUGGAGUGCUCGACAUCGGAAAUGAACGCAUAGGGUAGUAGUGCUGGCAUUCAAUCCAGUCGCAUUCGCUCUC